AUGCUGCAAUCUUCUGGUGUUUUUUUUUUCGAGUUAGUGGAAUCUCAUAUUGAAGGUGAUGUUCGUCCUGUUGGAUAUUUUUCCAAAGAGCGAGGAUGUGCUGAUGAUCUUAAUCUCAGUUACGAACUAUCACGACGAGAAAACAUCCAAGGUUCACCCGAGAAGCCAUUGUCUGAUCUUGGCUUGGCCAGUUACAGGCACUACUGGGCCUAUAGGAUUGUUGAUCAUUUGUCCGGCUUGAUGGAUACCUCAUGGAUCCGCGUAUCAGAAUUGGCGGGAAUUUUGGGCAUGCAAGUCGAAGAUGUUGUAGACACGCUUGAAUGGCUGCACCUCUAUGACCCGAACUUAAUAACAGAAACACCCGAAGAUGUUGAACCUUGGGUGUUUGUUUAUAUUAAGAAGCUAGAUUUAUUACGUAAAACUGUUGCGAGACCUCCGCGUUUGACUCUGAAUGCACGAUUGCUCCACUGGCGACCUAACAAGAUGUAG